AUGCCGCAUUCCGGCAGCGCAGCGUGGCGCUCUCGCUCGGCGGAGCAGACGGCGCGCCUGCUGCUCUCCAACGCCUUCAGGCACGAUACGUGGGAAUGCGCGGCGGCCCGCAAGCAGGUUCAAUCCCAUGGCGGAGCUGUACACACGCUGCGUCUCAGAUUUCGUGAGCUGACUAAGCAGCCUGUUAUGCCAAGCGAUGUAGAGGCUGUCAAUCUCGCCAUCUUCGACCCCGAACGCAAAAUGUUUGUUGGCGCGACGUACCAGCUGGAGGCGCGUGAUAUGACGCGGUCACUGGCUGUGCAAGUCGCACCCACUCAGCUCCUUGUGGUGGAGACUGUGGUGCAGGACAUUCGACCGUCGGCGCCGCUAGAAGAGUACCGGGUUACCAGAUGGGGCUUUUGCCCAGUGGAGGAGGUAAAAAGCGGCACCAUCUCGGUCAAGCUGCGGCCUGGAAGUGCGCACCUCCUGCUCGUAGAGAUGAACUCGUGGCCUGCGGUAAGUCUGCCGACGACCCCGAGCGACGUCGCGCUGAUAUGCGAUGUGGCCAUGGACCAGGACACAGCACUUACGCAGCUGAUGGGGGAGCUCGUGCCGCCUGGCAUCUUCGUCUCCGAGGACUUCACACGUGCUACGCCGACCCCUGGUACCUCACUUUUCCGACUGUGCGUGAGGAGCAUUGAGCUGUCGGGUUCAACGAAGGAGUCAGCGUUGAACCUAGCAGACCCGGACGCGGAGUGGUCCGUCGCAGCGGUGGCCCAUAAUGGCUUUCAGCAGCUCGGGAAGGGGAGCGAAGUAUCACUGGUGUUAAAGACCUCGAACGACGGCGGUCAGCGUAGCUCUUCAUCGAUCACCUCCUCCGCAUCCACUCGGCGUCUGUCUGCAGCGCCGGACGCCAACACGGUCCUUCUGCGCUCUGACCUGCCCCUCGAGAUUGACCGGCUACCCGUACACUCCGCCACGUCGCUAGUUCUGGCCAUACGUCGCCGCGCGCCGGGCUCACGCAUCUUUGCUGUGUUUGGCUUCUGCGUGCUGCCGCUUUGCAUGAUGCCGAUGCGGGACCGCGACAUCCGAGUAGAGAACCUUCCAGCCUUGAAGGGCCCAUUCUCCUGCGAGGACGCUCGGCUGCUGAUGGUGGACUCCACGAGCUCGUACGGGCGUGUGCCCAUCGCGGUAACCCUCACCGUCGAGUACCAUGAUACCGGCAUUUCAGCCGGGGCACCGCCCGCAGGCGCCGUCGCCGCCACCUCGGCGGUAGCAGCACAGCAGCAGCCGGAGGAAAUUACGAAGGACGAGGUAAGCUACUCAUCGUUGACGUCCUCCGCCUCCUCCGUCUUCGCCACACCGAGGCCGACGCAAGUUCUUUCUACCGCCGACGUUCCUGGCGGUGGCGUUGCGGUGGGGCCAACCAGCUACAAAGGUUUGCCAACACCCACCGAAAGUGGUGCAGCGGCCGCUCCUGGAUUGUCGGCACCCGACAGCGGAGACAGUGUAGGCGUCUUCAAAUUGCUCUGCAGCAUCAUGGAGGAGCUACACAAGGUGCGCGAGUCACAAGACAUGAUUCUCCGACAGACUCGCGGCGAGGGUGGAAGCAGCGGAUUGUCAGCCCUCAGUCCUGCACUACAGGAACGCCUCAACAGGGGCCUGGCGGACGGCCGCAUCGACGUGAUCGAUCUCGCGCCGCGGCCCCUCGCCGUCUCGUGGAGGGCACUCAAGCUUAUGCAAGAAGGCGUGCAACCUAUUCUGCAUCCUCUACAUGGGACGCUGCUGGACGAUACGGCGCCAGCCCUUGGCGAACUCACGUCGUCUCUUUACGGCUUCCGGGUGGAGGGCAUUACCGUGGACAACGCCUUGCACAUGCCAGCAGACGUAUGUCUUCUCUUCUCGUUUGGUCCUUUGCCGCAUCAACAGGUGGGUCCCUUGCACGCCGUCUCUGUGGAGAAGACGCCAACAAACGAGAGCUUCAAAGUAUACGACGAUCGACACGAGGCUGGCUUUGUGUGGUGUGAGCCGACAGAAGCGCUGCAGAGCGGUGCCAUGCGCAAGUACAAAUCAGCGAGCAACGCUACUGUCUACGUGCACCUGUACGACGCGCUCAGUAUGUUCUACGUCGCCACGGCAAGUUUGCCACUGGCCGCUUUCCGCCGGCCGAUCUCGGCCAUGUGCGCCAUGGCCCCCAUGGACGUGGUGCUGCAGCGGGACUUGAGCAUGACGGAGCAGGUGGUGCCGCCGAAAGUGUUUCCAGUGAUGCGGCAUGCGGGGCAGCUGCACCUCACCGUCUUCUGCGUGGGCAUCUCGGUCGCCUCUGGUGAUGAAAGGAGCUGUGCUGCUGCGCUCGCUACCGUGCGUCUGCCGGAGAAUGUGCAGAGUCGCGUCAUAAUCGCGAAGAAGCUGCGGCAUGCCGACCGAUUGAGCCCGGCAGGAUUGAUCACAGGGUCCUCCGCUAUCAACGGCACCGCGGUGACGAACGGCGGCGCAUCGGCCUCGCCCACUACUGACGUUUCACCAGGGAAACAAGCAAAAAGCGCCACGGAUGGAGCAGGCACUCUUCACUGGCAACGCGCACAGUACUUCAAGGCACAGCAACGGGAGCAGCAGCAAAGCGUAGGGGCGGCGCCGCAGCUGCUGGGUGUGCCCGACACACACGUGCAGGCCGCACAGGCGGCCGCCGAGUUAGAGUAUCGCCUGCGCCACCUUGAGCGGGAGCGCGCCGCCGUCAAGUCGCAGCGCAUUGCGGAGGCGUUGCUGAACCGCCUCACUGUCGAGCACGACGUGCUCGUCAUCUCAUGGCGCCCUGAGGUGGUGCGAACACCCUUCGCAAACCCCUUCUCCUGCGCCAUGGAGUUCUUCGUGGAAGUGGACCCGAGGGACACCGAUGUCUGCACCGUCAUAGGGGCGUCCAACUUUGUGCUGGGGCCGCGCGAGAGGACGGAGCUGCCGCUGGCCAUACGCCUGUCCAUACCCCGGAGCGUCUGGUCUAAACCUGGGAGUGGCGCAAACGACCAGCAGCUGAAGCAGCAGAACAUCACGGCGCGCGUGUACUCGGAGAAGCGGGAGCUGGCCUGUUGCAUCCGAAUACACGCCACAGUAGAGCCGCCAGUGGUGGACCGGCGCUACGAGAUCUUCGGUGCACCUGGCACGGAAGUUGUCAAGAGUAUUCUCGCCCGCACUUUCUCACCGGCGAGUUUUCCCGUCAUAUCCGACAAGACCGCUCUGCUGCAGCGCAUGCGUGAGCUCUGCGCCUUUGUCGCUGUCUCGGGAGAGAAGACGUCUGUAAGCACAAACGUGGUGCUGGACCCCAUCACGCAGACCUACGUCACUGCAUGGGAGGAGGCCACCGUGACGACGAAGAUACCGGAGGAGACGGGCCGCCAGCGUAUCGAGUACGUGACGCUCUUCUAUGACGCCGCCAUGAGUCGCUUGUACGAAACGUGGGAGAUAUGCGUCUUCGCCUGCGACAGCUUCAUGACGCGGGAUAUCUACUGGGGUCAGACAACAGCACUUGACUUGCCUGCUGAGGGGACGAGCGACCUGUACUGCAGCGACACCGCCGUCACUGUGGAGAGGCGCGGGGCGUCAUACGUGCUGCGCCUGCACCCCCGCGACGUUGGCACGCAGCGCAUGCUUCUCCACACCCUGCAGAACGACGUGCUUAAGAAGACGCUGCUGACGGUGUCCACCGUGCACCCCACGCCGACGUACACCCAGGUGAUGGAGCUCUCCCUCGCAGAAGUGCAGGGACCGGUGCUGCGCCGCCUCACCUUUGUUAAUCGCGGAGACAAGGAGGAGGCGUUCCAAGUGAACCACAACUACCGGUUUAAUCUGCUCGUGAGCCCAUCGAAGUUCACGCUGGCGCCCAGUGACACGCAGUUCGUCAGCCUUCAAUUUGACCUCCUUACGUUGCCGCCCGGUCAGCUGGAGGGGCGGUGGCCGGUGUGGAUCUUCAUCAACAACUCCGAGGACAAGACGGUGGAGUCGUACCACCUGCAGCUCGUGGUCCGUGCGCACCCAGUCGUGCGCGUCGAGGCAUAG